CGGAGAGGAUGGUCUUUGGCGCAGGCGGCGUUGUGUGAACACGUGGUCAACGCGGAAACAGCCUCAUUGAAACCUGAUUGAAAGCCGGAUGGUCGACGUGUAGAAGAACUUUUGUCGGGAUAUGUGUAGUUGUUUUGUAGUGAGGAAAUUGGUGAAUUAGAAGAAACAUAAGAGAAUCAGGCUGAUGGCGGAGGCGGCAGCUGGCAGGACGUGUGUGGUGGUCACGGGCGGCUCAGGCCUGGUGGGGCGAGCGAUAGAGCGCGUGGUGAAGGAGGAGGGAGGAGCGCGCCAGGGAGAGGAGUGGAUCUUUCUCUCCUCCAAAGACGCAGAUCUCACAGACAAGGAGGCCACCAGAGCACUCUUCCAGAGACUCCGCCCCACACACGUCAUCCACCUGGCCGCCAUGGUGGGCGGACUGUUCCGGAAUAUGAGACUGAACCUAGACUUCUGGAGAAAUAAUGUCUUCAUCAACGAUAACGUCCUUCAGGCGGCUCAUGAGGUCGGGGUGGUGAAGGUCAUCUCCUGCCUGUCCACCUGCAUCUUCCCAGAUAAAACCAGCUACCCCAUCAACGAGACCAUGAUCCAUAAUGGUCCCCCGCAUGAUUCCAACUUUGGAUACUCAUAUGCGAAGCGAAUGAUUGACGUGCAAAAUAGGGGCUAUUUCCAGCAGUACGGUCAUCGGUACACAGCGGUGAUCCCCACUAAUGUGUUCGGACCCAACGACAACUUCAACAUCGAGGAUGGACACGUCCUCCCCGGACUCAUUCACAAGGCUUACAUCGCUCAGAAGGAGGGCUCCCCUCUGACAGUGUGGGGGUCGGGUACGCCGCGGCGGCAGUUCAUCUACUCCCUGGACCUGGCGCGCCUCUUCCUGUGGGUGCUGCGGGACUACAACGAGGUGGAGCCCAUCAUCCUCUCAGUGGGAGAGGAGGAUGAGCUUUCCAUCAAAGAGGCUGCGCAAGGAGUGGUGGAGGCCCUGCAGUUCAAAGGGGAAGUCAUCUACGACAGCAGCAAAGCAGACGGUCAGUUUAAGAAGACGGCGAGUAAUGACAAACUACGGCGCUACCUACCGGACUUCAAGUUUACACCGUUUAACACAGCCAUUAAAGAGACUUGCGAUUGGUUCGUGGCUAACUAUGACAAGGCCAGGAAAUGAAGAUUCUCCCUGCAGAUUGGCUGCUCAUAAACUGCAGGGGGAAAAAAAGGUGUGCUCCAGAACGCAUCAACCUGAAGGCCAGUGAAAUUAUUACAAUUUCACGGGAAGAUGAGGCUCGAGAAUUGUGAUUGGCUUGGCCUGUCCAGUGGGCGAGACGGUAUGAAUGCACAGGACUCAGCAGCAGUUUGAUCUCACAACUUCAGUUCCCUUUUUAUUUAAGUUCUCUUUGUUUAUGUUUUUGUACGGUUAUGGGAAUAUUGGGUCAUGGAAAAGCUAAGUUACAUGUAUUUCUACUGUUACGUGGGUAUAAUGAGACCUGACACUGAUUGUCAUGACUUUUCCUCUCUUCUUAUCAGAAUACAAUCAGGACAGAUACAUAUUUCAUUUUUUAUUUUGUUUUAAAUACAGUGCCAUUUUGUUAUUGCAGUCGCCAAUGUCUAAACGGUUGCUAUGAGCGCACUCAGUAGUGAAAACAAAACAUAAUUUUUGUAUUCUUUAUUUACACUGAAUACUUUAUAAAUUAUAUGUUUAUAUUUUCAUGAUUUACGUGGGUAAUAAAAAAAAAAUCUAUAAUGA